AUCAGAGAUGGAUGCCACGGAAUUGGAUGAUUUGUGUACUCAUCUUAAUUCAAAGAUUUCUAUCAUCAAGAAGAAAUAUGAGGUGAGGCAGGAUCCGCCCCUGAGGAGUACACUCAAUAAAGUGGCCUAUGAACUUCAUUUGCUGUGCCAACUCCUCAGUACGCUGGAAACAGAAGUUCAGUAUCAGGAAUCUGUUGCCAACUCCUUAAAGUAUUUUUUUAAAUGUUGGAUUUUUAUGCAUUUCAAGGAAGCAGCUCACCUAAAUGGGAAUAUUCCUGUCCAUCUUCCCAAAAAGGGACCCAGCAGCAGUCCAGCUGCAAAUGAAGAAGCCCCAGUGGAAAAAAAGGUUGCCGCUCCAGAGCCAGUGAAGAAACCCAUCAAAGACAAGCAUGUAAUCAAGGAGAUGGAGCUGAUAACAGUGCAGGAGUUCGAGACUGUCCCUGCAUAUAUGAAGAAUCGUUUGACGUACGAACAGAUUAACAGUCUUAUUGAGGAAGUCAACAAGGCCGUUGUGGGCAAAUACAAGAUCAUGCAGCAGCCGCUGAAAGCUCUGAACAAUGUAGCCAGGAAGCAGCUCGGGCGAUUUAAAGAUGAAGAAACAAAAGACACAAAAGGUCAGUUUUUUAUUGUAGAGCAAGAUAUCAAAGAAUUCACCCAACUGAAGGUGGAUAAAAGAUUCCUCGGAAUGCUGAACAUCCUGCGACAUUGCCACCGGAUGCGGGAGCUGCGUGGUAAAGGAAUCGUGCGCUAUGUUAUCUGUUAG